UUGUGAAAUAGACGAAGAUAUUUUCUUACUUUGCUUGUGUUUUUUCCACUUGCAUGGUUUUUCUUAAGUAGCUGUGCGUUGAGCUCCGUAGUAAAGGGAGUCUCUCUUGAAAGCCUUUGAAACACUUGGAUUAGCUAGCAGCAUGAUUCGCGUUCGACCACCAAGAUGCUCAGUGGUCGACUGCACAAAUCCGCACAAAAGUGUUCAUGUGACUCCAGCUGCAGAAGACAUAAGAUCGAGAUGGAUCGAGUUUAUAUAUGAUGGCAACGUUCCUGCAAAAGUUGGAAAAUAUCUGACAGUGUGCUCUAAACACUUUCAAUCAGACUGUUUUUCCAACCUGGGCCAAUAUAACGCUGGACACGCGGUAAAGUUGUUUGUGAAUGGGGGGUCGGUGCCAUCCAUCCGUUGCAAAACUGAGGCGAAGGGAAAUGCAAGCGCAUCUGUUCACGUUGCUAGGCUACAUCACAUGGCCUGCCAGACGGACCCACCCAAGCUGUGCACAGUUGGCACGCAGCUUUGUCUGAAAACUCUGGCACCUCACUACAAAAGCAUAGCUACACAGAUGACUGUGACCUACACUAAUGUCGGUGUUGGAACCUCAGAUUUGGCCUUCAAACCAUCACGGCCAAUAGGUAGGCCAAGUAAGAGACCUUGCAUGGAGGAGGAAGAGGACAUCCCUUUUGAGGGGAGUUCAAGUAUGGACUUCAGGGAGCGACAGGAUUCUACCUGUGGUCCUGAUGACCUGAUCACAGUCUUGACUGAGUCAGCAGAUGUGAAAAUGGAAUCUUCCAACCCUGCUCAUAAGACACCCGCAUGUAUUGUCUAUGAAAAGUGCCUCAUGGAGCUGUUUGAGGAGUGCCCCCUGUGUCGGCGGGUGGCAGAUGUGCGAACCGGAAGGUUUGGGACAUUCCUCUCUGUAGAGCAGCAGUGCCUACCCUGUAAGUUCUACAGGAAAUGGAAUAGUCAGCCUGGCCUUGGUCGCACUCCUAUCCAACGCUCAGCUGCAGUGAAGGUCACUGCUGCCUCUUUCUCCAAACUUGAGGAGGUAAUGCCAACAGAGGACAUCCCCAGCAGCGCAGAUGCCUUUGCGACUGUCACCUUGAUCGAUGAAGAGAGGGCUGAAGAGAUCACUGAGGAGAGCGAACCCUCCGAUGAAGCGGAGAGCAGUGAUGAAAGUGGAGGGAAUUCAGACAGUGACUGGAAUCCAUUGGAUGGGAUUUUGCUGGAUGAGGGGACCCUUCUGGACUCUGAGGAGGAAACGGAAGAUGAAGACGAAGAGGAGACAGAUUCCCCGGGUGGUCUCAGGAUUAACGAGCUCUGCAACGAGUGUGGAGGUUUUUUCAACUCUCUGAAGACUCACACGUGCGAACACAAAAUGAAGCCCUUUUCCUGCAAUAUUUGCGGCAAAAGAUGCGUUUCUGAAGCUUCUCUAAAACUUCACAGCAGAGUCCACAGUGAAACCUAUGAAAUCCCUUGCAAAUACUGCCACGUGACAUUCAAGAGAAAGGUGGAGAAAGUUAAACAUGAGCAGAUUCACGAAGACAGAAACGAUCCCUAUAAAUGUCCCGACUGUCCGGAGUUGUUUCCCACCAAUAAAGAGCGCAGGAUCCACCUGAACAACUGUCACAGAACGACAAAGGACACAUGUGGAAUUUGUGGGAUGGAAUUCAGUGGUAUAAGUCAUCUUCAGAGACAUUCUGUUGUGCACACGGGAUUGAAACCGUACAAAUGUUCGGUGUGCGACCGUGGCUUCAACCAGGAGAGCAACCUCAAAUCUCACAUGCGUCUGCACACAGGGGAGAAGCCAUAUAAGUGUCGGCAUUGUGACAAAUCCUUCAAUCACAAUGUGAGCUUGAAGAGUCAUGUCCAGCGUCACCACUCGUCUGGGCACAAACGAAAGAGGGGUAAGAUCAAUGAAAAGGCGAGCAGCGCUAGUGACGCAGAGGACAAUGAAAAUAAGGGUGGUGCCGGCUCUGAGUCUGACAAUGCAGAUAAACAAGACACAGGAGAGACGGUGCAGCAGAAGGCAAAACGUAUUCGGAAGCGCACAGGGAGAUCCAGAGGAAGACCCAAGUCAAACCCAGAUGGUAACUCAGUUCCGUCAGGGCAAAAUGAAGACCAGUGUUCGAAAGCUAAGACUUCAAAAUCAAAGUCGAAGAAGUUAAAGAAAAGUGGUGAAAUCGAUGAGGAAAUUGAGUCGGAGCAAUCAGACAGCGACAUAUCCUUCAACUCAGAAGAAGAAGAGUUGCAGGAGCAGAAAGCACGGAGGAGCAGAAGGACAUCAAGAAGACGACCGACAAAGGACGAUGACAGCGAUUUUCACCCAGAAGAAGAAAAUGAAAAGAAAAAGUGUAAGAGUAGCGGUAAGAACAGGGGGAGACGAAGAAAGGAGGUCGUGGUCUGAAAAUUCUGUAAAUACACAGAAUCAAAGAAUUCAGUUGAUGUCAGGAGUUAUGAAAAGAAAGGAGCCAUAUCGACAAGAGAUCCUUACAGAACUAGUAGUUUAGGGUUAUAUGGACAGAAAAGAUCAGAUGAGGGUCAUUGAUUUAAACUGUACAGCAAUGCUAUAAAAAAACUUUUAGUGGCGCUAAAAGUAGAAAAGGUAGAAGAAAGUGGUCCAAAGUCAACAUGAGGCCAAUCUAAGAAGCUACAGUAUUAAGCUUGUCAUGGCAGCUUUGACCAAUGACACGCAUCCCCUGGGCUCUGGGUGAAUGUCAGUGUAAGGUAAAAUAAUUACAAACUCAAUUUUGGGAAAUCUGAAUCAGAUCAUAACCAAACUAAAGGAAUGAUGGGUGUUUUUGUAAGAGCAUACUCUAAGUUCACGUACAGCAUUAUGAUGCUGAUACUGAGUUUCAAACCAAGUCCUUAUUAAGGGCAGGCGUUGUAAUACAUUUGGUCGCUGCUUACAGCUUCGGUGACUUUUCCACCUGUUCAGAGUUCAGACAGAAAAAUGUGACAUGUUUUAGUUUACAAAUCAAUAUUACAGAAUUUUAAUAGCUGGCCUUUUUGAAUUGGUAGACACAAAGGAAGGUUUGGUAUUUUCACCUGAUUGUUUGAAAGUUUUGCAGCAAAUUGUAUCUCAUUAAAAACAAG